GGCCGCCCACUGAAGAUGGCGGCGGAGCUGCAUCCGCGGAGCGGAAAGCUGAUCGGCCUGUCCAACUCCAACCGAACCGCCCGUCGCAACCAACCAGUCCAAGAGUUCAACCAUGGCCUGGUGCUCAGCAAGGAACCCCUGAGGGACCGGGAUGUCUUCACGGUCCGCAUUGACAAGAAGGUGAACUCGUGGAGCGGUUCAAUUGAAAUUGGAGUGACGGCCCUGGACCCUGCUGCACUGGACUUUCCCAGCAGCGCCACAGGCCUUAAGGGUGGCUCCUGGAUUGUGUCAGGCUGCUCGGUGCUUCGGGACGGCUGCUCUGUCCUGGAGGAGUAUGGUCGUGAUCUCGACCAGCUGGCCGAGGGUGACCGCGUGGGCAUUCAGCGUAACUCCCGCGGGGAGCUCCACCUUUGGGUGAACGGGCAAGACUGCGGCGCAGCCGCCAGCGGCUUGCCGCCCAAGCUGUGGGCUGUCGUGGAUCUGUACGGCAAGUGCACUCAAGUUACGGUGGUGAGCUGCGAGCCGCCACCGCCCUCCGCAGAGAGGGAGAGAGAGACAAUAGAGCGGGACGAGGAGGAGGAAGAAGAGGAGGAAGAAGAAGAAGUGGUAGUGCGUGGGGGCCGAGAGGAUGUGGGAAUUGCAGCGCUGAUGAAUGUGGCAGCAAUGAAUGAAAUAAUGAAUGGAGAUGAAGUGCCUGAGCUUAGCUGCAGUCACAGCAGACCAGACAAGUUUCCCAACAACUUGGAGCCUGACACUGUUCUGACAGAGCACCAGCUCUUCGAUGUCUUCAACAAUGCAAUAGUAUCCUUUUAUCGCUCUGAAGAUGAGGGUGGAGGGGAAGAUGGUGGAGGAGGAGGCGGCAGCGUCGGUGGUGGUGGCGGCGAAGUUGGAGGUGGUGGAGGAAACACAGGAACUGACUCCUCUUCCAGAAAUGACAGAGGGAGCAGCAGUGGAGGAGGCUCAGUGAACAGUGACAGUGGAACAGGGACAGGAGGUGGUGGUGUUGGUGGAGAUGGUUGCAAUUCUAAUAACAGCCCAGCUGGAAAUGGAGGAGUGGGACUGGGAGCUGUGACAGGUGGAAUGACCACCAAUGACGCGCUGCUCUUCCACGAGAAGUGCGGUACACUGAUCAAACUGAGCAACAACAACAAGACGGCAGAGCGGAGGAGACCACUGGACGAGUUCAACAACGGCGUGGUGAUGACCAACCGGCCGCUCCGACACAACGAGAUGUUUGAGAUUCGCAUUGAUAAGCUAGUGGACAAGUGGUCAGGCUCAAUCGAGAUCGGUGUGACUACACACAACCCCAACAACCUGGACUAUCCUGCAACUAUGACCAAUCUGCGCUCAGGUACAAUCAUGAUGAGUGGCUGUGGGAUAUUAACCAAUGGGAAAGGAACCCGCAGGGAAUACUGUGAAUUCAGCCUUGAUGAACUUCAGGAGGGGGAUCAUAUAGGGUUGAUGCGUAAAGCCAGUGGCGCGCUACAUUUCUACAUCAAUGGUAUUGAUCAAGGUGUUGCGGCAGCCCAGACCCCUGGUGUGGUCUACGGAGUGGUAGACCUAUACGGCAUGGCUGUCAAAGUCACCAUAGUCCACAAUCACAACCACAGUGACCGUCUCAGACGCAACAAUGCCAUCAUGAGGGCUCUGUCGCCUGAUGUUGGCAGACCCCGGCCAGCUCUCUCUCUAACUCCAGACACAGAGGGACCUGACCGUCUGCUCUUUCACCCCAACUGUGGCCAGAAAGCUGCCAUCAUCUGCGAUGGCAGGACGGCGCUGCGGCCACAUGCGACUGAUGACUUCAACCAUGGUGUGGUCCUAAGCAGCCGGCCGCUGCGCUCAAACGAGGUGUUCCAGGUUCGCAUCGACAAGAUGGUUGACAAGUGGGCUGGUUCCAUUGAAAUUGGUGUUACAACACACAACCCUGCUUACCUGCAGCUGCCCUCCACCAUGACAAACUUGCGCUCAGGGACAUGGAUGAUGACAGGGAAUGGUGUGAUGCACAAUGGAACCACAAUCCUAGAUGAGUAUGGGCACAACUUGGACCGACUCAAAGCAGGUGACACAGUUGGAGUUGUGCGGAAAGAAGACGGCAGUCUCCAUUUUUUUGUGAACGGUGUGGCACAGGGCCCAGCUGCCUGGAACGUCCCCCCCAGCGUCUACGCUGUUGUCGAUCUCUACGGGCAAGCUGCCCAGGCCACUAUCAUGGAUGACAUGGUGGACCUCCCCCCUCUUCCAGAGGACAGCUCAGAGGGGCCUACUGCCAUGUCCCCUGGGAGUCCCUGCUCAGUAGCUGGGACCACCACAACCAGCGACCUGCGUUUCCACCAGCUGCACGGCACCAACGCUGUCAUCACCAACGGGGGGCGCACCGCCCUGCGUCAGAACUGCCGCAGCGAGUUCAACGAUGCUAUUGUCAUUUCCAACAGGUACCUUCGAGAUGGAGAGCUGUUUGAAAUUGUUAUUCAGAAAAUGGUGGAUCGCUGGUCAGGUUCAAUAGAAGCAGGAGUGACAGCCAUCAAGCCAGAGGAGCUUGAAUUUCCUAACACAAUGACUGAUAUAGACUAUGACACUUGGAUGCUAAGUGGUACGGCCAUCAUGCAGGAUGGCAACACGAUGCGCAACAAUUAUGGUUGUGAUCUGGACUCCUUGACCACAGGCUCACGGAUUGGCAUGAUGCGCUCAGCCAGUGGCAACCUCCACUAUUACAUCAAUGGCGUGGAUCAAGGUGUUGCCUGUUCUGGUUUGCCACCAGAGGUGUAUGCUGUGGUCGAUCUGUAUGGUCAGUGUGUUCAAGUGUCCAUCACCAGCUCCUCUGGGCCCCUGGACAACAGCCUCUGUACGAGCAAUGUCACAGAGAAAAGCUUCCCCAUCCACUCACCAGUAGCAGGUGUUGCCCAUCGGCUCCACGGUAAACACGGUAAAAACGUGGUGCUGCUCGGCGAAGGCUGCCAGGCUGUCAGAGUUGGUGGUUACGCUCACGGCAUUGUGUUCAGCGCCAAGGAACUCAAAGCAGAUGAGUUGUUUGAGGUGAGGAUUGAUGACGUGGAUGAGCAGUGGUGUGGUUCACUGCACAUCGGUCUGACGACACUCGCACCUCCAGAGCUGCCAUCCUGCCCACUGUCAGGUCUCUCGCCCUCCCUCCCACAACUCCGCACCAAGGUCACCUGGCUGCUGUGUGGCUCUGAGGUCCGUCGCAACGGAGUCCUGCAGCGCCAGAACUACGGCUGCUCACUGGACCGACUGACGAUUGGAAAUCGUGUGGGUGUGAAGAGGUGCAAUGACGACACUAUGCACAUCUUCAUUGACGGAGAGGACAUGGGACCGGCUGCUACUGCUGUAGCUAAGAAUGUCUAUGCAGUUUUGGACCUGUAUGGGCGUAUAACGGCGGUUUCCAUUGUUAGCUCUUCACUAAUGGAAGACACAGAGAGCAUCAAGGCGCCGUCACUCUCCUCAGACAGCUGCAGUGAAGGGGAGGAGGACAGCACUCCAGUCAGAGAGGUCGAGAGUGAGCCGUGUCCGCUUGUGCCAAUGGUCAUGGCGUUCCUGGAAAACCAUGGCAAAAACAUUCAACUUUCCAACCAGAAUCUGACAGCAUCCCGGGUAUCGAGCUACAACCAGGGCCUGCUAGUCACCGCCCAGCAGCUGACUCAUCAGCAGCUCUUCCAGUUUCAGAUUGACCGUCUGAACCCAUCAUGGACGUCGUCACUGUCAUUAGGGGUGAUCGGCCACUCCCCCGACCGGCUCAACUUUCCCUCCACAGCAUGCUGUCUGAAACGCUCUGCCUGGCUGCUGCAGCGAGACUCUGUCUUCCACAACUCCCUAAAGAUAUGUGAGAACUAUGGACCUAACCUUGAUACUUGCCCAGAGGGGACGGUUCUGGGUGUACUGGUGGAUGCCAACAGCUGCCUCCACCUUUAUGUUAAUGGCAUGGACCAGGGCGUUGCAGCACAGGACAUCCCUUCACCCUGCUACCCAUUUAUUGACCUCUAUGGCCAGUGUGAACAAGUUACCAUAGUUACAAACAACGUUCCAGCUGUGGGUGCAGAGAGCGGGGAGACCCGCUGUCAAGGAGACAUGGAGAAGGCAGACAUGGUUGACGGAAUCAAAGAGAGUGUGUGCUGGACACCCCCUCCAGAGGUCAACCCUAACAAGACCUGCGAGUAUCAAGCACUGUGCUCCCGCUUUAAAGAUCUGCUCACGUUACCAGAUGGCUACUUCAGUGAAGAUGCAAAGUACAACUUGUGCUAUUGUGAGUCCUGCCACAAACUCCGAGGUGACGAGGCCUAUUACAAAAGAGGAGAACCACCCCGGGACUACGCCCUGCCCUUUGGAUGGUGCCGCUUCGCCCUCAGGGUCAAGUCCCACUGUGAGGUUUCUAAUGCACUAAAGAAGUGGCACAUUGCGUAUCACGGCACCAGCAUAGGGGCCCUGCGACGCACACUGGACCACAGUCAGCUGCUGCCUGGAAUGUCGUCCAUCUUCUCAGUAUCUCCAAUGAAGGCAGAGGGACCUAACGACUACAGCGAGCCAGAAGAGAACAGCGCCCCUGGCAGGGAGGUUCCUAGAGUACGGCUAUCCCCCACCAUGCGCUACUCGGGUUUAGAGAUCUUUGCUCCCAAAGUGCAAUUUAGGGACCCUCGUUCUCACCGAUGCCACCAGGCUCAGGUGGGGUUCCAAGUAUGUGUGCGUCCAGGCUCCUAUAAGGUAGGCCCUCAGACGCUUGGUCACAGCGAGCCCCUGGAUCCUCGCUUCAGUAACUCAGAGAUCGAGUGGAUUACUAAAGAGCAGGGUGGCACACUCCUCUAUGGACUACUCAUUCGGGUGGAGUGAACAAAGCAACACGUGUGGCAUUCGGGUGGAACUAGGGUCUGUGUGGCUCACCUCGCACUUGUAAUAAACUGACAACCAAAUCCAACCCCUGCCUUGAGCAAGAGACUCAUUUGUAAUCCAGCUGGCCCUACUGUGGAUUGAUAACAAUUCAGCAUUUUUAAAAAUUUUGUUUUGGUUGUCUGCUCUUGGACUCUUUAUGGCUGGCGGCUACGGCAGUUUCAAAGUACAGAGACUGCCUGCACUUUAUGUUUUGGACACUUGUGGGCGAUUUUUAAACUUCACAUCAACACAAUAGGUUUGUUUAUUUGCUUCGCACCUGCCCCCCCCCCUUCAACUUAUCUUUUUUCACCCUCACAAACGACUUCUUUUAAGGCACUUUUACACUCACCACCUCGGCUCUGGUCAGUGUUCUCUGCUGGAAGGAGCCAUUUCUUGUCAAUCUGCACGUUUAUAGACUGUCAUCUAAAGUGAGUGAAAGGUGGGCUUAAAAGAAAAAAAGAAAAGCAUUUGAAUCCAAGAAUUAACCCAAGACUGUCAAGUGAUUGACUUUUUUUUUCUUUGGAGG